AAGAAAAUAACAGUAGAAUUUCUUGAUUCCUGAGAAAAAAAUCUUCUUGUUGGGAUUCAUUUAAAGGGAAGGGUAGCCCUGUAGGUUCCAACACCCUCCCAGUGCAUGCGAGCACUCAUCCCCACAAAGCCACUUCUGGGCUCUUCUACUUUCUUUAUCCUCUGUACAAAUUCAAGAAAUGACAGUGCGUUCCUUCUUUUUUAAACUCUUGAAAACAAGUGGUAGCUGCUGGUUAACUAUUUUGUUUCCUUGCUAGUAUUCAUUUUACUCACUCAUUUCAAGUUCGUAUUUAAGUAGCUUGAAGAUAUGUUUACUAAUUUUUUGACAUCUUAAAGCACCCUGUUCUUUUAAAGCUACCAUAGUUGGUGCUGAAUCAAGGCUCUAGAAACCCUUGAUUCUUCUUUCACUAGAUAUCAGUUUCUUAAGGGGUUUCAGAGUCCUGCCAAAGGUAUCCCAGGAUUCCUUCAUUAAUAUUCCACAGUUGUCAUUGCUAAUUAAUGAGCUCUCCCGGGAUUCCUUCACGAAUUUUGAAAUCUUAUUUUCCAUUUGUCAAUCGCAUCUUUUGUAUUUUCUCUUUGGGUUUCGCUAUAUAGUCACCUCUCUGUGUUCUCCAUUGCUCACAUCAAGUGAAAGACUUCUCUUCUUUAGCAACUACUAGCUCUGUUUUCUUGAGUUCUGUUUUCUCAAAUUUGUGAGAGAAAUGGCGAUGUUUUUCAAUAUUUUCUCAUUGAAGAACUUACUGGUGCUGUCCCUAGCACUCAAUGUGAGCUUGGUUUUAAGAGUGCUGUAUGAGAAAGACUUUGAAGUCAAUAAUGGGCGCUCUGUGGACAAUCAGAAAGAUGCAUUAACGACUACUGAUAGUGUGCUUAGUGAGGCACGAGCUACUCAGAGGGCACGUCCGUCCAUGCCCUCUUCUUCCUCCACAGUUGAUAGCGAUGGCGGGGACACAAUAAUUAAUCUUGAUCAUGGCGAUCCGACAAUGUACGAGAGAUUUUGGCAACAAGCGGGUGACAAAUCCACCAUUGUUAUCCCUGGUUGGCAAUCAAUGAGCUACUUCUCUGAUGCUGGGAGCCUUUGCUGGUUCUUAGAGCCAGAGUUUGCUAAAGAGAUUAUUAGAUUGCAUAAAACAGUUGGCAACGCAGUCACCGAGGACCGCUACAUUGUUGUUGGGACAGGUUCUACACAGCUUUAUCAAGCUGUAUUAUAUGCACUGUCCCCCCAAGAUGCAGUGGAACCCCUCAGUGUUGUAUCUGCAGCUCCUUACUACUCCUCUUAUCCAUUGAUCACCGACUGCCUGAAGUCGGGGCUUUAUAAAUGGGCUGGUGAUGCCCGAAGCUUCAAUAAAGAGGGACCAUUUAUUGAACUCGUUACCUCCCCUAACAAUCCCGACGGAUACGUCAGGCAGUCUGUUGUCAACAAAAGUGGGGGCAUCUUGGUUCAUGAUCUUGCAUAUUAUUGGCCACAAUACACGCCAAUUGCUUCUGCUGCUAAUCAUGACAUUAUGCUCUUCACUGUGUCGAAAAGCACAGGACAUGCUGGGAUGCGCAUUGGCUGGGCUCUUGUCAAGGAUGAAGAAGUAGCCAAAAAGAUGGUGAAAUUCGUAGAGCUCAACACAAUCGGCGUGUCUAAGGAUUCACAGCUUCGAGCAGCUAAAGUGCUGCAGGUUGUGAUCCAUAGCUGCCAAUAUCCUACCAGCCUUGGGUCCCUAUUUGAUUUUUCUGCCCACCUCAUGGAAGAGAGGUGGAAGUUAUUGAGGGCCGCUGUUAGGCAAAGUGGUCUCUUUACUUUGCCUGAGUUUUCCCCUGGAUCAUGCAGCUUUCUCAACAGAUCCUUUGCUCCUCAACCUGCUUUUGCGUGGUUGAAGUGCCAAGAACCCAUGGAAGACUGCGAAGGCUUUCUCCGAUCUAACAACAUCAUAACAAGAAGUGGUAAACACUUUGGUGUUAGCCCACAAUAUGUUAGGAUAAGCAUGCUAGAUCGAGAUGAAAACUUCUAUAUAUUUGUAGAGAGAUUGUCCACCAUCCACCUGCGACAAUCCGUGCAAGUGGAUGAGACGGGGGAAUAGAAUAGGCAAAGAGAGUCCAUAUCUGUAAAAGAUGUAAAAACAAGGGGGGCAAUGGCAAUUCAUGUCAACGCUAAUUUAAGAGAAGCUCAAUCAGCUUUAAGAAUAACCAUUUAAAUAAUAGAUUUCCACAAUAAAUAUAUAUGUUUUUUUCAAUUA